AGAAAAGCACCGCCAUAAUACGAUUGCAGAACCUCCAAAUCCAUUGUUGCCGUUUUCUGGAUCUGAAAUCUAAAGCUACGGAGAGAAGAAAAAGCAAUGGAGGAGUUGAGAUCAGCUCUCGAGGACCACAUGAAUCAGAUGGCUGAUCUCGUUCAGAACCUCUCCUCGGAGCUCCGCUCGGGGCUCCGCUCGGGGCUCCGACCCGCUUACGAGAAUUUCAUGGGAUUCUUCCAUGCCAUCGAUUGGAAGGAACCAUGGUUAAUGGGCUUAUUGGCAUUCCAUUUUGUUUUGCUGAUCGUAACCAUCCUCUCAAGGAAGAAUACCAACUUCCAGAUGUGUUUGUUCCUUUUGGCAUUGGCUGGUGUAUAUCUUGCUGAGAGGCUUAAUAAAAUCCUGGCUGACAAUUGGAAGAGCUUUGCUACUCAGAAUUAUUUUGAUCCAAGUGGAGUUUUUCUGUCAGUCCUCUGGUCCGGGCCUCUUCUUGUUAUUGCAAUACUCAUCUUGGUCAAUACUCUCUUUAACUUAUGCUACAUGAUUGUUAAAUGGAAAAGGGCUGAGCUCAGACACCGUGCAAGGCUUUCUCGUAACAAGGAGGACUGACACUCUCUUCCUGUUUAUGAACCUGCCAUUAUGGUAUUCUUAUAGUGAAUUUCAUAUUCAGAGCUCUGUAAUACCACAACAGAAGUAAGAUCCAGGUUAGGAUUUCCCCCUUUUUGUUCUUCUUAAUGGUUGGUCAUCCACCAUUUCCUCAAGCCUUGUGAACCAUUCAAGUUCUGAGAAGGAGCAACAUAUAUUGAAAUUUGCUCCCCUUUUUUCCCUCAACUUUCUUUACCCAUAAUACCUUGUGUCCGGGAAAUCUCAUAAAUCUGGCUCGUUUGUCUGUAUAAAACUUAUUUCUAAUUUCAUUUUUUGUAUAACAUUUGAGGAACAGAUUUGAAUUUAAAGUUU